AUGCUGGUGCUUGACCGUGAAAGGAAAGUCUCAUCCUUAAAAUGUGUGUUGUACUUCACAAUCCUGGACUGUUGCUUCAAGGCGCAGAGCCCUUACCCUGGCACCCGCGGGCAGCGCACCCUGGGGAGGAGCCUUUGGGCGCGUGCCCCUGACCAAAGACCCCUCCGCAGCUCGGAGCCCGGGCCCAGAGCCCCCAGGAGCCUCCCUGCGAGUCCUCGUGGGAACUGCAUCUGCCGGAGGCAGAAGCCGGGACCCAGAACUCUUGUCUUUCAGGAUAAAGUGGCCAGUGUGUACGAAGCCCCGGGCUUUUUCCUGGACCUGGAGCCCAUCCCGGGGGCCUUGGACGCUGUGCGGGAGAUGAACGACCUACCGGACACGGAGGUCUUCAUCUGCACCAGCCCCCUGCUGAAGUACAACCACUGUGUGGGUGAGAAGUACCGCUGGGUGGAGCAGCACCUGGGGCCCCAGUUCGUAGAACGAAUUAUCCUGACAAGGGACAAGACGGUGGUCUUGGGGGACCUGCUCAUUGAUGACAAGGACACAAUUCGAGGCGACGAGGAGACCCCGCGCUGGGAGCACAUCUUGUUCACCUGCUGUCACAAUCGGCACCUGGUCCUGCCCCCGACAAAGAGACGGUUGCUCUCCUGGAGUGACAACUGGAGGGAGAUCUUAGACAGCAAGCGAGGAGCCGCGCAGCGGGAAUGAGCGGGGAUGCCGCGGGCAGCAGCUGGCGCUGAAGGGCGGGCAGGGGCCACCACAGAGCCGAGUCAGGGCGGCAUCGUGCUGGUGCCUCUGGCCCUGUGGAGUGGAGCAGGCAGAUACCGUUAAGCGCUGUGCUGCCGGGCCCCAGGCCCAGCCACCCGGUACCUUCCGAGAGGCUGCCGCUGGCCCCUGGCUUGCGUGGAAAUAGUGGGAAAACCAGUUGGAACUCUUUAAUAAAAGACCUUGGCUUUCUGGUC